AUGGACAAUUUGAGGGCCAAGUACAACAAAAACCCACUGAGGGGAGACAUAUACAACCUGAGCGAGCUGAAGAUCAUCCUCGACGACGUCAUUCGCGACUUCAUGGAAACUGCUGAGGGCUCAGGAUCGUCAAAGGCAUCUACAGACAUCAAAAUAACAGUUGGGUUGGUGUCGACAGCUAUUGCUUCGAUAGUCGCAUACUUUUCCAUAACAUCAGAGUUUGAAGAGCACAAGCAAACCAUUACGGUACUGACUCUACUUUACUUCAUUAUCAACAUUCUUGCAGAGGUCUACUUUCGAUACGCCGGCUUCUCAAUGAUAUUCAAGAACAGAGUCGUCUCCACGAGUAUCAGCGCUCCAGAUCCGACGUAUGUGAUAAUGGUCUACAACAAAAACAAGCUUAUUCCGUACAAGUACACAAAGUCUGUGUUCGACCUGUUUGAUUCUAAUGGGAGGCUCAUCCACAAGGAGUUUCUUGAAGACCUUCGGGAUCUUUUUGAGAAGUAA